AUGUCGACAAUCGAGGAAAAUAGUAAGGCGACGACGACGAGCGAGGUCGAGUUACCGGACUUCAGCGGCACGUGGGAGACGAAGUCCGUGGACAACGCGAAGGCGUUCCACGAAGCCUACGGCAGCGCGUUCCCCUCGAACGCCGCGUUCGCGGUCAAAGAGAAGGAGCUCCACGUCUUGAAGCACGAUCUGAAGCGCGGGAUCCUGGAAGACGUCGCCGUCCUCGGCGCGACCGCGCUGAGCAACACGACGAUGAUCGGAAGACCCACGGAGGUCGUCGCCCCCGACGGCGCGUGCUCGACCGUCACCGCGCGCUGGGACGGCGACGUCUGGGUCGAGGUCGACGACUGCCUCACGCUCGAGACGAGACGGUGGCUGCGAGGGAACGGCGAUCUGGUCGUCGUUCGAACCGCGACGAGAGAGGACGGGAAACUCGCGUCGUCGACGAUGGUCAUGCGCGCGCCGACGCGCGCGCCGCCGGUGUUGAAGACGCGCACGCCGCCGCCGUCGGACGGGAUGCAAGAGGCCGCGGAGGCGAUCGCGGCGGCGAAAGCGGGCGCGAUGAAGGAGGACAACUCGACGGCGGCGAGCUUGCAAAACGCGUUCGCGCGGCUUUUCGGAAGCGGCGACCGAGUCAACGCGGCGACGACGUCGAACGACGGCGCCGCGGGCGCGUCCGCCGCCGCGGAGUUUUUCAAUCUCGACGCGGCGACGACGCCGCUGGUGAAGACGAUCGCGUGCUCGCUCGAGGGCACGCGGGGUCACCUGUACGUGUUCAAUUACGAGAUCGCGUUCGGCGCGCUCGGCUUGGAGCCCGGUUCCGUGGCCUGGACCACCCCCGGGAAGGCGGUGAACGAACUCGAGUUGACCGGAAACAAGUCGUUGCUCAUCGGGACGACCACCGGGGACGUCGUCACGUUCGAAGGCAUCGACGACGUGAACAAGACGUACGACGCGCUCGUGGACGUGCUCGACUCUGUGCCGCUGUCGCCGGCGGAGGAAGUUCACGGCGGCGACCCGGCCGCGAGGGUGACGUCGCCGAUCCGCGUCGGGUUCGACCCGGAGCAGUACGUCAUCGUGCACGUCGCGCAGGCGGGGUACCUGCCCUCCAGCGCGCUCGGGAGCGUGCCGAUGUGCACCGCGGCGCUCGGACGCUUUGGCGCGUCGACGCCCGCGCAAAAGACGCUGAAGAAGGGCGCCCCGUGCGCGUUCGACAGAGCGAUGGUCUUCCCCGCGACCGAGUGCGACCUCGCGGCGGACAGUCUGUCCCUCUCCGUCGCCGCCGGGGGCGGUUUAGCCGUCUUGGGCGAGGCGAACCUCCCGCUCGCGGCGUUGUACCGUGGCGCGGAUGGAGGAAAAAAGGCGCGAAAGUCGCCGUUCACGAUGGGCCUCGUGCCCCCGGGGAGCGCGACCGGCGUGGACGCGACGUCGCCGCUCGGCGUCGUCGGCGAGCUCACCGUCACCGCGUGGAUAGGAACGUACGCGGACGUCGUUAGCCUAGGUGAGAACGUCCUGAACGCGGAACCCGGGGAUGGUUUCUUCAGCGGAGAAGCGUGGGGCGCGACUGAGCCGACGGUGGUGAGAACGCCGCCGCCGGUGUGUCGCGUGACCGCCGCCGCGCGCGCGGUCCGAGGCGUCGCGCGGACGAACGAUUUUCGAUGCGAGUUUCGUUACGGCGACUUCGUCGGGAGCACGCCCGCGGCGUCGAACACGCCGUCGACGCAGGCGGCGUGGGGGGAGAAGGGCGCGGUGACGUUUGCGGCGUCCGAACCUCGCAGCGGCGUCUUAACCGUCGACGUCGUCUCCGACGACGGUAAGAUCAUCGGGCGCGCGAGCGUGGAGCUCGCCGCGCUGAAGCUGCGGCCGAAGCUGCGCGGGAAGAGCCGGCAGCGAUGGAUGCCGCUGCGGAAACCGCCGAGCUCGGCGGCGCCGAGCUCGCCGACGUCGAUGCUCGAGACGAUUCCGAGGGAGAUGUACAAUUCGUUAUUCGGAAGCGGCGAGGAGACGAGCGAGGACGCGAGCGAGGGAAAACUCGGGGAGAUUCUCCUCGAGGCGUUCGUGGACGAAGCGUGCGGCCCGACGGCGUCUAUCGGGCGCGAUGAACCCCUCGGUACGCUGUCUCUCGAGAUCAUUCGCGCGCGGGGGCUCACCCCGCCCGGGCGCGAGCGCAACGUGGAACCCUCCGCGAUGUUGGAAAUCAACGGCGUGUGGGUCUACCUCCCCGCGGGGAAGGACGUCGCGCCGCCGGCGUGGAGACGAGAGAUCGUCGCCGCGAUCUACGACGCCGGCGCGGUCGCGCGGAUCGGCGUCUUCGACAGCGCGGAGGACGACGAGGCGCUCGGUUUCGUCGACGUCCCGGUCGCGCGCUUGCCGCGCGGAUACCCGAUGCAAUCGACGCUGGCGUUGAAAGGAGGCGUGGCGGCGAACGACAACGCGGAGAUCACGAUUCGGGCGAUGUACACGCCCGCCGCGUCGACCUUGGCGACGCUCGCGAAGUACGUGACUCCCGCGUUCCCGCGGUCGGCGUACGCGCACGCCGGCGUGGGCGGCCGCGGCGACCUUGAAGAGUUGAAAUCCCUCGCGCAUCGAAACGUCGAGGAAGGAUUGCUCUCCGGGGCUUCGCCGCUGCCGUCGAGCAUGGUGUACGCGAUGCUGCCGCCGGAUGAAGACGAAAAGAAGGCGUUGGAUCGUGAGGAGACGCCCGCGAUGGCCGCGGCGGCGUCCAAAGCGCACGUCGUUCGCAUCGCCGCGGCGUUGUCGCCCUUUGAAGCCGAGCUGUCGUUCCUCUCGCGCGCGACGUCGUGGGAAUCCCCGAUCGCCGCAGGUCUCCUGCACGUCAUGAUCCUCGGCGCGAUCUACCACCCGUGGAUGGUGAUCCCGAAGGCGUGCAUAUGGCUCGCGUUCCACGCGAUCUGCUCGCGUCGCCCGACGGCGUGGACGCUGCUCGGACCGGAUAAGUCCACGGACGCGGGAUCCUCGGAUAUCGGCGCCGCGCCUCCCGGGUCCGCGCUCGCGGGCGUGGAGGCCGCGGAGACGCUCGGCGAGGCCGCGCCUCCGGAGCUCAUCGAAGGCGUCGCCGCGUCGAAAAAGAAACUGUCAGGCGGCUCCGAGAUGGACGAGGGCGUCGCCGCCGCCGCGGCCGCGAUGGGUCUGUCCCCGAGACCGGGCGCGUACGAAGCGUGCGUGCAAUUCGCAUACUGGACGCAAGCGACGACGCGGCGGGUCGCGCUCGCUCUGGAAGCCCUGCACGACUUGCUCACGUGGGUGAACCCGGAGCGGAGCAGCGCGUUCAUGGUCGCGUGCUUCGCGACCGCGGGGGUUCUCUUGUUCAUGAACGUGUUACGGCCGUUGCUCGUGAUGAUGACGUUCGUGGCGUUGAGGCAUCCGGCGAUGUGGAAGCCGAAGACGCUGCCGUUUGAACUCGCGCUCGCGGAGGAGAGACGACGUGGGUGA